GGUUCACGGUUCACACUUCUGAGUCAAGCAGAGUCAACCAUCUGCGCAACUUUUGAUCACCACAGCCGUGAUCACCGUCAUGGGUGGUGGUGACGUUGAUGAUCCGGGGAAUAAUGUUGCUGAAAUAACUGCAACUUCGAUCAGUGAACAGCUUUCGAGUCUGUCGGUCAAUGAUGAUGAACAAUCCAGUGAUGGAGCUCAGAGGACAGAGAAAGACCCAAGAAAGAUUGCAAGAAAGUAUCAGAUGGAUCUUUGUAAGAAAGCGUUGGAGGAGAACAUUAUUGUGUAUUUGGGAACAGGUUGUGGGAAAACUCACAUUGCAGUGUUGCUUAUAUAUGAGAUGGGUCACUUGAUAAAGAAACCCCAGAAGAACAUUUGCGUUUUUCUUGCUCCUACAGUUGCUUUGGUUCAACAGCAAGCCAAGGUUAUACAAGACUCUAUCGACUUUAAAGUUGAGGCCUAUUGUGGGGGUUUGAAGCGUUUAAGAAGCCAUCAUGACUGGGAAAAGGAGAUGGAACAAUAUGAGGUCCUUGUCAUGACUCCUGAAAUACUAUUACGUAAUUUAUCCCACUGCUUCAUCAGGAUUGAGGUGAUUGCCCUUCUGAUAUUUGAUGAGUGCCAUUAUGCACAAACUGAAAGUGAUCAUCCUUAUGCUGAAAUUAUGAAGAUCUUCUACAAAAGCGAUGCUUUGUCUCUUCCUCGCAUAUUUGGCAUGACUGCCUCUCCAAUAUCGGGGAAAGGUGCUUCCAUCGAUAGUCUUGAGACCUUACUUCAUUCUAAGGUUUAUUCUGUUGAAGAUAAGGAUGAAUUGGAACAAUUUGUGACAUCGCCGAAAGUUAAUGUAUACAAAUAUGGUCCUGUUACAAACAGCCAAUCUUGCCCCCAUACGAUGUAUUCUCAGAAACUUGAGAAGAUAAAGUCUCAGUGUGUAUCCACGCUGAGCAGGAAGAAAUAUGAUCAUUGUAGUCUUCAGAGCAUUAAAAAGUCACUCCAAAAACUGCACUGUAAUCUGAUAUUUUGUCUGGAAAAACUAGGACUUUGGGGAGCUUUACAGGCUAGUCGCAUCCUUUUAAAGGGUGAUCAUCUUGAGCGACGUCAAUUGCUAGAGGGAGAAGAAAAUGGCAGUGAUGAAUCUUUUAUUGAUGGAUAUCUUACUCAGGCUGCCUCACUCUUUGUUUCUGAUUGCAUGAAAGAUGGCAUUGAAGCUGAUUUGUCCUGUGUUGAGGUUUUAAAGGAGCCUUUUUUUUCAACAAAGCUUUUGCGACUUAUUGGAAUUCUAUCCAAUUUUAGGUUACAACCAAACAUGAAAUGUAUAGUUUUUGUCAACAGGGUUGUAACUGCGAGGUCCUUGUCUCAUAUACUUCAAAAGCUUAAGUUUUUGUCAGCUUGGAGGUGUGAUUUUCUUGUAGGAGUCCACUCAGGACUAAAAAGUAUGUCGCGCAAGAACACAAACAUCAUUCUUGAGAAGUUCCGCUCUGGUGAGGUAAGGGUUCAUAUUUUUUAG